AUGGCGUCCGGGCGCAAGGAUUUCUUGAGCCAACAUGCGCCAGAGAACUACGUCGCCGGUCUGGGUCGUGGUGCCACGGGCUUCACCACCCGCUCCGACCUUGGCCCGGCGCGCGAAGGUCCUACACCCGAACAGAUCCAGGCUGCGCUGCAACAGAGAGCACGGACCCUGGGAGCCCCCGAACCAACAGCAUACGGUGGUAGUCGUGAGAAAGGAGGGAAGGAAGAGGAAAAAGAGGAGGAAGAUGAACGGUUCCAGGAUCCCGACAACGAGACUGGAUUAUUUGCGUACGGACAGUUCGACCAAGAGGACGACGAAGCAGAUCGCGUCUACCGAGAGGUAGAUGAGAAGAUGGACAGGCGGCGGAAAGCACGCAGGGAAAUCCGCGAGCAACAAGAACGCGAAGACUACGAACGACAGAACCCCAAGAUCCAGCAACAGUUUGCCGAUGUGAAGCGGACUCUCGCCGCAGUAUCCGAAGAAGACUGGGCCAACCUGCCCGAGGUCGGUGAUCUCACGGGCAAAAAUCGACGUCAGAAGCAGAACUUACGGCAGCGCUUCUAUGCGGUUCCUGAUAGCGUCAUUGCCGGUGCCCGCGAUUCGGCCCAGUUCGACACGACGAUCGCCGACGAUGGCACCCAAACCGAAGCUCCGGAGGGGGAUGGUAGCAUGACGAACUUUGCAGAUAUCGGUGCGGCGCGUGAUAAAGUGCUGAAGGUCAGGCUGGAUCAGGCUGCGCUGGGUUCGUCUGCCGACACCACGUCUGGGAGCGCGACCAACAUCGACCCCAAGGGCUAUCUGACCAGCCUGACCCAAUCAGAGCUCAAGGCUGGUGAAGUCGAAGUGGGUGAUAUUAAGCGAGUUCGCGUACUCUUGGAAUCCGUCACAAAAACGAAUCCCAAGCAUGCACCGGGCUGGAUUGCUCUCGCCCGUCUCGAGGAGCUGGCUGGUCGGAUUGUGACGGCCCGGAACAUUAUAGCAAAGGGCUGUGAGCUCUGUCCGAAGAGUGAAGAUGCAUGGUUGGAAAAUAUCCGUGUCAAUGAAGGCCACAAUGCCAAGGUCAUUGCGGCAAAUGCCAUCAAGAACAAUGACCGCUCCACGAGACUUUGGACGGAGGCAAUGAAAUUGGAAACUGACACUCGAGCCAAAAAGAAUGUUCUCCGACAAGCCAUUCUGCAUAUUCCCCAAUCAGUGCAAAUCUGGAAAGAGGCCGUAAACCUGGAAGAGGAUCCAGCUGACGCCCGGCUACUUCUGGCCAAGGCUGUCGAGAUGAUUCCUCUUUCCGUGGAGCUUUGGCUGGCCCUUGCACGUCUUGAAUCUCCAGAAAAUGCGCAAAAGGUCUUGAAUGCCGCGCGCAAGGCGGUCCCAGCAAGCCACGAGAUUUGGAUUGCUGCCGCUCGUCUUCAGGAGCAGAUGGGCACUUUUGAAAGGGUCAAUGUCAUGAAGCGUGCAAUCCAGUCUCUUGUCCGAGAGAAUGCCAUGCUGAAGAGAGAAGAGUGGAUUGCCGAGGCCGAGCGGUGCGAAGAAGAAGGCGCUAUUCUUACCUGCGGCGCAAUUAUUCGUGAGACGCUUGGAUGGGGUCUAGAUGAGGAUGACGAUCGGAAAGAUGUCUGGAUGGAUGAUGCCAAGUCGAGUAUUGCCCGUGGGAAAUACGAAACGGCGCGGGCUAUCUAUGCCUACGCGCUGCGGGUAUUCGUUAACCGCCGGUCAAUCUGGCUCGCCGCAGCGGAUUUGGAACGCCAUCACGGAAGCAAAGAAGCCUUGUGGCAAGUACUUGAGAAGGCUGUUGAGGCCUGUCCCCAGAGUGAAGAGAUCUGGCUGCAGCUUGCCAAAGAGAAGUGGCAGGCAGGAGAAGUCGAUGAUGCUCGGCGCGUUCUCGGCCGGGCCUUCAACCAGAAUCCCAACAACGAAGAUAUCUGGCUUGCCGCUGUCAAGCUGGAAGCCGACGCCAACCAGACAGAUCAGGCCCGGGAGCUUCUUGCCACAGCUCGCCGCGAGGCUGGCACCGACCGUGUAUGGAUUAAGAGUGUUGCCUUUGAGCGGCAAUUGGGUAAUACUGACGACGCGCUGGACCUCGUCAACCAGGGGCUGCAGCUCUAUCCCAAAGCUGACAAGCUGUGGAUGAUGAAGGGCCAAAUAUACGAGGCUCAAAACAAGUUCCCUCAAGCACGCGAGGCAUACGGUACCGGCACUCGCGCGUGCUCCAAGUCUGUUGCACUCUGGCUCCUCGCUUCACGGCUAGAAGAAAAAGCCGGUGCCGUGGUCCGAGCACGCUCCGUCCUGGAUCGAGCUCGAUUGGCUGUUCCCAAGAGCGCCGAGCUCUGGACUGAAAGUGUGCGGGUUGAGCGCCGUGCCAACAACCUCGCGCAGGCCAAGGUGCUCAUGGCCAGGGCGUUACAAGAAGUCCCGACAUCUGGCUUGCUGUGGAGCGAGAGCAUCUGGCACCUCGAGCCGCGGGCGCAGCGUAAGGCGCGCAGCCUAGAGGCGAUCAAGAAGGUUGACAACGACCCGAUUCUCUUCAUCACCGUCGCGCGCAUCUUCUGGGGUGAACGACGUCUGGAGAAGGCGAUGACUUGGUUUGAGAAAGCCAUUGUGGCCGACAGUGACUAUGGUGAUGGCUGGGCCUGGUACUAUAAAUUCUUGAUGCAGCACGGGACUGAGGUUGGUGGCCUAUUCUACCCCUUUUGCAGCCACCCGAAGCUAAUACGUUUGCAGGAAAAACGAUCCGAUGUCAUCUCGAAGUGCAUGUCGACGGAGCCGAAGCAUGGCGAGGUCUGGCAGUCGAUUGCCAAAGACCCAGCUCGUGCACACAAGUCGACCGAGGAUAUCCUGAAGCUCGUUGCGGAGACCGUCAACUAG